GCAUAUGCGUGAGCGGUUAUUUAUGGAAGUGAUCAUCGAAGACUAUUAUACCAACAGAGAUGGGUUGACCGACCUUUAUGUAACACAGGAGAGUCUUUUAGCAGAUUUUUCAGCCUUUGUAAUGAUCCGGGACGCUCCUUUUAAGAAUAAGAUCGAUAAGUGCAUGAUGGCCUUUCACACGGGUGGCUUAAUAGAUAAGUGGAAGGAAAUGGUAAUGGAUGUUGUUCGAAGAGAAGGCCGACAACGGAGAAGACUGCUUGGAAAUGAGGAUGAUAACUCUGCUAAGGUCAAGAUCAAGCCCCUCACUAUGGUGCACAUGCAAGGUCCUUUCCUUCUCUACGUUCUUUGUGCCAUUGUUUCAUCCGUAGUUUUCUUUGGAGAAGGAGCUAGGGGUACUUUUCUUUAAAAAAACACACACACA